AUGGUGUUGAUCAUGGUACGUCCAACCAUUGACCUUGAGCCGUACAAGGCUGAAAUUAUCAAUCUGUUCUAUCAGGAUCAAUCUACAAGCGAUAUUGCUUCCACUAUUAAAGCCAAAUACCACGUACGAGUCCGUGAGCGUACAAUCAAGAGUCGCUUAAGCGGUUGGGGAAUCAGCAAGCGUGAUCGUACGGCCACCACUAAUUCUUCUCUACAUGAUCGGAUCAAGGUGUUGUUCUUUGAGCGAUGUCUCUCUGAUGCAGAGAUUCUACGUACUGUACGGGAUGAAGGCUAUACACAAGGCCUCGUACGACGAACAGAUGAUUCUAGUGAGCGUCAACUCCAGGAGGAUAUAGCUACAAAGCAUCUGCUUGAAGCAUACAAUGAAGGGACUAUCCAAGGCUACGGACGAGAGUUUUUAUUUGCUCAUAUGCGUGGUGAACGUCUUAUUAUCCCAAGACGACGGCUACAUAAUAUCUACCGUACGAUUGCACCCGAGGCUAUACAACAACGGAAGAAUGACAUGCAGCGAAGUCGUGGCUCGUACAUGGUCCCAGGUCCAGAUCAUAUCUGGUCCGUGGGUGGUUAUAUGAAGCUAGAGCCGUACGGUAUCCAAAUCUAUGCAGCCAUUGACGCGUACUCUCGCUACAUCAUCUGGGUCUAUGUUGGCAUUGAUACUCGUACAUCAGUCAGUAUUGUACGGCAAUAUCUUGAUGCCGUACAUGAACGGAAGAUUAUUUGUAAUAAGAUCUGUUCAGACCAUGGAUCAGAGACAUCUUUGCUUGCUAAAGCCCACUGCUAUCUUCGAAGAGCGUACGAGCCAGGGAUUGAGGCAACAGAGUGUUAUAUCUUUGGAUCCAGUACUGCAAACCAGAGAAUUGAGGCUUGGUGGGCACAGCUAAGUAAAUCAUUACUUUUUCGAUAUCACAACUACUUCAAGGUCUUGAUUGAAGUAGGAGAUUUCUCUAAAGAUAUGAUUCCAGAUCAGAUUGCUUUGUACGCAGUCUACAUGCCUAUUCUUCGGACGCAGGUCUCGUCAUACGUACACACCUGGAACCAACACACUAUCCGGAAGCAACGAGAAAGGCCAUAUGUUAUCUCUGGUCGGCCGUUCAUGAAUUAUUAUCAUCCAGAACAUACAAUCAACCAUGAUCUUCUCGUACACGAAGAGUUUCUUCAACGGCUAAGGAACCCCGUACGAGGCUGGGAUAUGGCUGAGUAUCUACCUGCAGAGACUUUGGAAUGGUGCCAGGGAAUCCUGCUGGGGCUGGGCUUUGACCCUGAAAAGCCACCACCAGUACGUCCGGAUGAAGCGGAAGCCCCUUUUCGUACGAUCUACCUUGGCUUACGGGAGCGGGUGAUAGCUCACAUGUUAUCAGGCGCCAAGCCUGGUCUGGCACUAUCCGAGGCGCCAACCGGGGCUUUUGAUUGGAUUGAGCAACAGGGAUCGGCGUAG